AUGGUUGGUUUCCCAAGGUUUUCCUUCCCGCGGUUUCCCACCGAAUUUUGGGGUAGAGAUUGCCGGGCAGGUGAGAGUUUGAAGCAGGGGUGGCCGCGCAGGGUGAGAAAAUUGCUUCCUCGUUCCGCCCUUUCUCCUCGUUCCGCCCUUUCUCCUCGUUUCGCCCUUUCUCCUCGUUCCGCCCUUUCUCCUCGUUCCGCCCUUUCUCCUCGUUCCGCCCUUUCUCCUCGUCCCGCCCUUUCUCCUCGUUCCGCCCUUUCUCCUCGUUCCGCCCUUUCUCCUCGUUCCGUCCUUUCUCCACGUUCCGCCCUUUCUCCUCGUUCCGCCCUUUCUCCUCGUUCCGCCCUUUCUCCACGUUCCGCCCUUUCUCCUCGUUCCGCCCUUUCUCCUCGUUCCGCCCUUUCUCCUCGUUCCGCCCUUUCUCCUCGUUCCGCCCUUUCUCCUCGUUCCGCCCUUUCUCCUCGUUCCGCCCUUUCUCCUCGUUCCGCCCUUUCUCCUCGUUCCGCCCUUUCUCCUCAUUCCGCCCUUUCUCCUCGUUCCGCCCUUUCUCCUCAUUCCGCCCUUUCUCCUCGUUGCGCCCUUUCUCCUCAUUCCGCCCUUCCUCCCCAUCCCCCACUGUUCACCCCACGGUUUCCCCAUCCCUUACUAUUCACCCUCCGCUCCCCACGCGCACCAUCCCCCACUUAUCCCUUGUAUUCACCUCCCCCCACUGCUCCCCUCUAUUCACCUUCCCGCACCUCUGCACUCGUCGUUCCCUCCCUUGCUCUGCACUCGUCGUUCCCUCCCUUGCUCUGCACUCGUCGUUCCCUCCCUUGCUCUGCACUCGUCGUUCCCUCCCUUGCUCUGCACUCGUCGUUCCCUCCCUUGCUCUGCACUCGUCGUUCCCUCCCUUGCUCUGCACUCGUCGUUCCCUCCCUUGCUCUGCACUCGUCGUUCCCUCCCUUGCUCUGCACUCGUCGUUCCCUCCCUUGCUCUGCACUCGUCGUUCCCUCCCUUGCUCUGCACUCGUCGUUCCCUCCCUUGCUCUGCACUCGUCGUUCCCUCCCUUGCUCUGCACUCGUCGUUCCCUCCCUUGCUCUGCACUCGUCGUUCCCUCCCUUGCUCUGCACUCGUCGUUCCCUCCCUUGCUCUGCACUCGUCGUUCCCUCCCUUGCUCUGCACUCGUCGUUCCCUCCCUUGCUCUGCACUCGUCGUUCCCUCCCUUGCUCUGCACUCGUCGUUCCCUCCCUUGCUCUGCACUCGUCGUUCCCUCCCUUGCUCUGCACUCGUCGUUCCCUCCCUUGCUCUGCACUCGUCGUUCCCUCCCUUGCUCUGCACUCGUCGUUCCCUCCUUGCUCUGCACUCGUCGUUCCCUCCCUUGCUCUGCACUCCUCACAACACAUGCGUGCCAUCCCGCCAGUCCCUCACUCACACCACACUUGCCAUCCCGCCAACCCCUAUGCUAAAACCUCUCCUCCCCUCUGUUCACCUCCUCUCCUCCCCUCUGUUCAACUCCUCUCCUCCCCUCUCUUCACCUCCUCUCCUCCCCUCUCUUCACCUCCUCUCCUCCCGUGGUCUGUUCAACUCCUCUCCUCCCCUCUGUUCACCUCCUAUCCUCCCCUCUGUUCACCUCCUCUCCUCCCCUCUGUUCACCUCCUAUCCUCCCCUCUGUUCACCGCCUCUCUGUUCCUCUGUUCACCUCCUCUCCUCCCCUCUGUUCACCUCCUCUCCUCCCCUCUGUUCACCUCCUCUCCUCCCCUCUGUUCACCUCCUCUCCUCCCCUCUGUUCACCUCCUCUCCUCCCCUCUGUUCACCUCCUCUCCUCCCCUCUGUUCACCUCCUCUCCUCCCCUCUGUUCACCUCCUCUCCUCCCCUCUGUUCACCUCCUCUCCUCCCCUCUGUUCACCUCCUCUCCUCCCCUCUGUUCACCUCCUCUCCUCCCCUCUGUUCACCUCCUCUCCUCCCCUCUGUUCACCUCCUCUCCUCCCCUCUGUUCACCUCCUCUCCUCCCCACCACUUGCCACCUCUGCCACAAUUUCAGAACCCGCCACACGCCAUCCCCUCGCACCGGCCAUCCCGCCAUCCGCAAUGCUGUACGCGGUGGGGCUGGGAAAAGGCGCCAUCCCAGCAGCAGCAGGGGUCAACUGGGUGCUGAAAGAAGCCAAAGCAAUGCUGUACGCGGUGGGGCUGGGCAAGGGCGCCAUCCCAGCAGCAGCAGCGGUCAACUGGGUCCUAAAAGACGGGCUGGGCUACGCAGCAAAAGUCACGCUCUCCCAGUUUGGCCGCCAUUUCGACGUCUCCCCCAAGCGCUCGCGCCUGCUCUCCGACCUCGUCGAGAACCUCUCCGCUUCCCUCGAGCUCCUCACAGCCACCUUCCCACAGUACUUCGUGCAGCUGGCCGCUGCGGCUGGGGCGGGGUUCUCUGCUUCCAGCCUCGUGCAGAGCGCCACGAGAAACCGGUUCUACGCCGGGCUGGCAGGCAGAAGAAAUUUCGCCGAGAAUCUCUCCGCUUCCCUCGAGCUCCUCACCGCCACCUUCCCGCAGUACUUCGUCCAGCUGGCCGCUGCAGCCGGGGGGCAUGGCCCUGGGUAUCGCCAUCGCUCCACACGUGGGCACCCGGGGCCCUCUGCUGUCUUGGCGCGGGCAGAGGCACAAGGCAUGGUGAGCAAGACAUUGGGGAUGGCUCUAGGCAUCGCCAUUGCUCCUCACGUAGGCACCAGGGGUCCUCUGCUGUGGCUGAUCCACGCAUGCCCUGCUGUCCGGCCCACCCAUGUGAUUGUACUUCACUUUCUGCUCCUCCCCUUCCUCUCCCCACAGGUGCUAGCACGUGCAGAGGCACAGGGCAUGGUGCUAGCACGCGCAGAGGCACAGGGCAUGGUGAGCAAGACAUUGGGGAUGGCACUAGGCAUCGUCGUUGCUCCUCACGUGGGCACCCGGGGCCCUCUACUGUGGGCAACUCAUGGCCUGCUGUCCGCCGCCCACCUGUUUUGCAACUACCGCUCGUACAAGGCCGUUCAACUCAGGACGCUCAACCCCUUCAGAGCAGAUAUUGUCCUGGCAGAGUACGUGACCAAUGGCAGGGUGCCAGGUGUCAUCGAAGCGUCCCCUCCACCUCUCCCCGGCACAGGUAGCGAGAACUGGAUUGAGUUCGGAGUGCCCUUGGCAAGUAGGCAGCAGUGGCUCACACAGACAGACGUCUCAACACUCCCUUACUCCCAUUCCACCCGAACCCCCUCCCCUCCUCCCCUUUCCAGGCCUCUCCCCCUCCUCGUCCAGGCACAGGCAGCGUCUCCUCCACCCCUUCCCGGCACAGGGAGUGAGAACUGGAUCGAAUUUGGGGUGCCCUUGGCCGCAGUGGCGCACACAGAGCGGGAGGCUGAGACCAUGGCUGAUAUAUUCCGAGGAGAGAAGUACCUGCUUGGGAGGGACGAGCGUACGGGGCAGAUGCAGUGGGAGGAGGCAGAGGCGGUGGCUGGGAUGGGAUAUGCCGAGGAGAGAAGUACCUCCUUUGACAGGACGAGCGUAGUGUUGAAGGAAGGAGCACUCCCUCGGGACUUCCUCAGAGCGGCCCUGCAAGCCGCCUACCUCCGCACUCUAUCUCCACACGUCCUCUGCCCCACCAUUCAUUCCCUCGCCCCCCAAGCGCGCACCCACGUCCAAGCCCGCGCCGCCGAGUUUUCCUCCUUGGGGAAGCAGAUCAAGGUAGUGUUGAAGGAGGGGGCACUCCCAAGGGAUUUCCUCAGAGCGGCCCUGCAAGCCGCCUACCUCCGCACCCUCUCUCCACACGUCCUCUGCCCCACCAUCCACUCUCUCGCACCCCAAGCGCGCACCCACGUCCAAGCCCGCGCAGCCGAAUUCGCUUCCUUGGGGAAGCUAGAGGUGCUGCAUGCUUCGUAUGACCGCAUGGCUGCGGGGUUUGAUGGGUUGUGUGAGGCGCUGAGAGCGAAUGGGUGGCGCUGUGACGAUGGCUUGUUGGCUCGGCCAGGAGACUGGCGACUGCUGCUGGCACCUGAGGAGAAGAGGAAAUGA